AUUUUGGUCCCUCAGCCAGCACAAAGCGACUCCAAGGGACCGCCUGGACUCACAACAAUGUCUUCAACUACAUCUGAUUCCUCUUCUACGGCGCCAUGCCGCAUCGGUAUCAACGGCUUCGGCAGGAUUGGUCGCAACGUGUUCCGAGCAUCGCUGCUUCGCUCUGACGUUGUGGUCGUGGCUAUCAAUCACACUUGCUCGACCAUCGAAGAUCUGAUUUAUCUCAUUCAAUUCGAUUCCACACAUGGGACACUGGCCAAGUUGCUAGGCUCCGAAGCUCAAUUGAAUGCCCUGCCAAACGGCAACCUCGCCAUGAACGGUCGGGAAAUCAUCUUGCACUCCGAACGCGAUCUACAAAAGCUCGAUUGGGCCGCGUCUGGAGUCGAUUAUGUGGCAGAGUGCACCGGUAAAUUCAAGACUACUGAGCUAGCCUCGACCCAUAUCACCAAAGGCAAAGCUCGUAAGGUGUUGGUGUCCGCUCCGAGUCCAGAUGCGCCUACUUUUGUGUACAAGGUCAACUCGCAUGAGUAUAAUCUGUACAGGGAUCUCAGUGUCUUCUCGUGUGCCAGCUGUACGACCAACUGCCUUGCGCCAAUCGCAAAGGUCCUUGACGACAACUUUGGCAUUCAGCAAGGGUUCAUGACUACAGUUCAUGCGUCUACACAGUCUCAGCAUGUCUUGGAUGGUUAUAGCAAGAAGAACAAACGAGCUGGCCGUUCGGUCAUGGGCAACAUUAUUCCGACCACCACAGGUGCUGCCCAAGCCAUCAAGAUUGUGCUUCCCCAGCUCAAGGGCAAGCUGUCCGGCACUUCUAUCAGAGUACCAGUCGCCAACGUGUCAAUGGUAGACCUAACGAUCAACACAGACGUAGAAACAAGUUUGCCUGAGAUCCUUAGAGCCUUGAGACACGCCAGUGAGACUUAUCUCUCUGGUGUUCUUUGCGUCUCCGAAGACGAGGUCGUCAGCUGCGACCUCCUCGGACAUGAUAGUAGCGCCAUUAUCGACAGCAAAGCGUCUGUUGAGCUCAACUCGAAAUUCUUCAAGAUCAUUGCUUGGUACGACAAUGAGUGGGCUUAUUCUUGCAGACUACUAGACAUGCUGGGCAUGAUGGCCAAUGAAGAUGCAGCUGCUUGUUUUGUGAGAUGACGCCGAUUGGUUUCUUUACGUACUUAGUCCGACACUUUAGUCUCUUUUUUUCCAUACCCCUAAUUGACCUUGACUAUCGAUGAG